GGGGGGGGGACCCGCCUGGUCACGUGCGCGCGCGGGGCUGUCACGUGACCGGGGCGAUGGGGACGGCGCUGGACGUGAGGGUGAAGCGGGCCGGGAAGGUCUAUCGCGAUGGGGAAGUUCUUUCUGGAGUUGUGGUCAUCACAAGCAAGGACACAGUCCAGCACCAGGGAAUCUCCUUAACCAUGGAGGGGUCAGUAAAUCUGCAGCUCAGUGCCAAAAGUGUGGGGGUGUUUGAGGCUUUCUACAACUCUGUCAAGCCUAUUCAGAUUAUUAACAGCACCAUUGAAAUGGUAAAACCAGGGAAGCUUCCCAGUGGCAAGACAGAAAUUCCCUUUGAAUUCCCACUGCACAUGAAGGGGAACAAAGUCCUGUAUGAGACAUACCAUGGUGUGUUUGUUAACAUCCAGUACACCCUGAGGUGUGACAUGAGACGGUCUCUGCUGGCAAAGGACCUGACUAAGACUUGUGAAUUCAUUGUCCACUCCCUGUCACAGAAGGGGAAGCUGCUGCCCAGCCCCGUGGACUUCACAAUCACUCCUGAAACUCUGCAAAAUGUUAAAGAGAGAGCCUCCCUCCCCAAAUUCCUGAUCAGAGGGCACCUCAAUUCCACCAACUGUGUGAUCACCCAGCCCCUGACGGGGGAGCUGGUGGUGGAAAGCGCCGAGGCCGCCGUGAAGAGCAUCGAGCUGCAGCUGGUCAGAGUGGAGACCUGUGGCUGUGCUGAAGGUUAUGCCCGGGAUGCCACGGAGAUCCAGAACAUCCAGAUCGCCGACGGCGACGUCUGCAGGGGCCUCCCCAUCCCCAUCUACAUGGUGUUCCCCAGGCUCUUCACCUGCCCCACCCUGGAAACAACCAACUUCAAAGUUGAGUUUGAGGUGAACAUCGUGGUCCUCCUGCACGACGACCAUCUCAUCACUGAGAACUUCCCACUGAAGCUCUGCAGGAUGUAAAGACCCAGGGAAGGAUCUCCUGGAAAAGGCCCAAAUUCUUCAGAGGAGAAGUGAAACUUUAUCCAUGCCUGAUUCCAGCUGGAGCCACCUCACUCCCUGUGGGUCCUUUUGUGCUCUCAGUUCUCUGGUCAUCUUUCCCAGAGAGCCCACCUGGACUUCCCAAUCCAGGCAGCCUUGGCAGGGAUCCUUCUGCCUUCACCAACCACAUUAUCCCCACUUUUCCUCAGGCAAAUCCUGAAGGAAUGAUUUUGCAGCUUUCUGCAACUGGUGUGUAAGUACAUAGGAAGUUCCUCUCCUUAUUUAAUUCCAUCAUAUUUGUUCCAAAACCCUUUGAAGACCCCUUAAACCUGUUGAAUCCUGUUAUAUCCGUACUGGGAAUUGUGAUAUAAUGAUAAAUAGGGUCUUUGAAGGGAUAAAAAAGGAAGGUGCUGCUGUGGGAUCAGUGUCACAAGAUGGGGGUGAAAGAAGUGAAGUAACAUCGAGGAAAUUUUGGUCAAAUUGGGAACAUGAGUCUGUGUUGGAGGAAUAAAUUCACCUGUUUGUACCUGUGCAGCUUAAAGGAACUUUAUAGGCAAGGAAGAACCUUCCCAACACAAACAGGCUGUGGAUUUUGGGGUUGUUUUAAUGGAACAGCCACAAGUUGAUUUGAAUUGUGAAUUUUUCCAUGACUCUUCCCUGUGGGGUAGAGGCAGGCUCAGGUAUAAAGUAUUAUGGGAAUUGGAAGUGUAAAAGUGAGCUCCUGAAAAGGCAGAAUUAAGAAAAGUGCCCCAAAGUCAUUUCCUUUGGCUUUAUCCAGCAGCUUUGCCAAGCAGGACAGUGUCAUUCCAGGGGUGGCCCUGGUGUUUUAGGGAGCAACAGCUGGAAUUUUUAUUUCAGUCUCUUAUUGGGGGGGGAAAAAUGCUAUUUAAUAAAACUUCACACUUUUCUUUAAGACCAGGGGAUGGUACAGGGUGAUUUUUGGGAAGUGGAAGCCACUCUUUGUCGUCCCCAGAGCAGCUCUUCCAACUCCUGUUGUCCCAAGGGAUGUGGAAAGAGCAGCCCCAGCACCUGGAUUAAGGAGGCUGCAACCCCCCAAAAAUACUGGAAGGUGAAAAAGGAGGCAAGUGCUGGAAUUCCUCAGGCUCCAAGGUGCUUCAGCUCCAUGGAAUUAUUUACUCACCCAUAACUCAGACUUAGCAGAAAUAUUACACACACCCCAACCCUGCAUGAGCUGCAGCAGUAAUUUUAAUUUCUUAUUCAAGUGCCAAUUCAUACACUGAUUAAUCACAGAGUAGUUUAAAACUUCAGCUGGAGGAUAUUUAUCACUGGGGGGAACAAGUGAUCCCUAGAAUUAGCUAAUGAGCUCAUAAUCCAGUUAAUGCUGCCUGGAUUCAGACAACAGCCACAUUUGAUUUUUAGUUUGAGAUUUUCAGUCUCUACUCCUCAUUUUUUGGCUCUUGGAGGCAAAUGUGACAGUGCUGAAGGUGCUCUGGCAAGUUCAGACUCUGAAGGCAGUGGGAAAACCAUUCUUGGAGCUGUUUAAAUUCUGCCCCUCACUGGUGACCAGUUCCUGCACAAAAUACAGAUGUUGCUUCAGCCAAAAUAAAAAUCCUGUCAUUCCCAUUUAAACAGAUCAGCUCUUCAACAGUGGGGGGGAAUUCAAACCCUAUUCUGAGGGUUUGAAUUAAAGAAUCCAUGAAAGAAUGGAUCCACUGUAUUCCAGCUCCAUUCACAUGAACACUUUAAAAUUCUUGCUUCAAUAAAUUACUAAUUUGAAUUUAUGCAGAGGGAGGAGCUGCAGGGAUGAACUGCACUCCAAAGGGCCUGACUGGAAUCCUGCAGUUCAACUGGAAUUGUUGAUGCCAGAGGAAGGGAAUAUCUUGGCUCUUCCAGUUCUGCAUUUGGGUCUCCUGCUUGUUUGAUAUUGGAAUUUGGUUGCAGUGUGGAAUAAACCUGAGGGAAAGCUCCCUCUUCACAGGAAUUAUGCUCUGGCCUUUCAGAUAAAAUAGAUUUGCUACUUUUCAAUUAAAUUUAAAAAAAAAAUCAAUCAAAGGCCAGUUUUGUGUGCUGCCAGCCCUGAACCACAUCAGCUUCCCACAUUCAGGCAGCAACCAGGAAAAGUGCUGGAUCUUGGAGUCUGGGCUUUAAUGCCAAGUGUUAAAUCCCAACUCAGCCUGAGCUCUGUCACCACUGCCAAUAAAACCAGGGGCCUGGUGCUGUCCCUCAGCUCUGGGGUUACUCUGCAGCCACUUUGCAUGUGAUUAUGAUGAUUAUGAUGAUGAUUAUUGCUAUAAAGUGUUGAAAUAAAGCCAGGACUAGGUGCACUUGUUCCAUGCAGGAAGCUCAGGGAAGUCUUCGGGAAGGAGGGCGUGGACACGGCAGAUGGGGCAGGUGCUGGAAUGUUCCUUGAGCCACGUUCUGAUGCACUGCAAGGGCAGGGAGAGAGGGAGGAGGCAAAGGCUGGGGUUAGAAAAAUGUUCUCCAGUUCUAAUCCAUUUAUUCUGCCAGAAGAAAUCAGCAGUCAAGAAAUAAGGCAAAGGGGAAAAGUCACCGACAGGAACACGGAGUUAUUCUGACAUAAUCCUGACUUUUUUUACUCCCAUGAAGUCCCACUAUCAGGUGGCAAAUGUAGGGAUAGCCCAGUCCAUAACUGCUGCAAACAAUCCAGAUUUAAUCUCUGAAGGCUCACUUUAAAUUCACUCUGAUGAAUUAUCACUUUACUUUAAAAAAGCCCUAAAGCUUUCUGACACAGUAAAACCGGCUCUUAGGGCGAGUCUGGGGUGCAAAGGCUGGAAAAAAGCAAAUUGUGCCCAGUUGUUUAAGCACUGAGGGGUAAAUGGAGAGUUCAGAAAACAAGACCAGAACUUACUUCUCUGUGAAAAUGAUGCCCACACUCCAGUUCACACGAGUCUUUGCUCAGCUCAUCGUGACAGAUCGUGCAGGGAUCCUCGCUGGAGGCCUGCAAGUGGAACGCUCAGUUAUUGGAAAGCCAGCAGCAAUUAAUCAGCAAAUUCCACUAAGUCAAUUAGUUUACUAACUUUAACCAGGUCUACUGAAGCUUUUGUACACAAAAUAAACGAGCCAGUUGUUUUUUUUUCCCCAGCAAUACCCCGUGUCUUGGACAGAGCACAUGGCAAGGACCUCACUGGAACAGAGGAGAACUUACUGCAUUGUCCUGCUUUUUCCAUUUAGCUUUAGGUAUUGCUCCAACAUUCCCCCAGGGCUGGAGGUUUGGCUGACGUGGGUUUUUAUUUGAGGUGUUUUUAGGUGCAGGUCCUGCUCUGGAGGGACUGGGGGCAUUUCCUUCUGCAGCCACUUCCUGACUCCGUGUUCCGGUCGGGGCUGCUGGAGCAGAGACUCUCCCUGCUGAAGUUGGUGCCUGAACAGACAAAGAAGGGAAUUUGGAGUGAGUUUGGAUGUAGAGCUGGAUGGCAAAGGGCACUUUGUGUAGUUUGGGGCUGUGCUGCUCCAUUCCCUCUGUCAGAAGAUUCCCAGGCAGAGGCAGUGGCUCCCCCCCCUCAUACCUGGCUCUGCUGGUCCAGGAUCAGCUCCGUCACUCGGUUCAGAACCUCAUCCGAGCUCAGACCUGACAGGGUGUUCCCAUUUCUUCUCUGCACCUCUCUUAUAAAACCAGUGAAAUCUGAACUGCAGGGACAGGAAAAAAAAAGGAUCAAUGACUGGUAACACGACACUGGAGGCUCCAUGUUUGAUUCCCAGCAGAAGAGCCUUAAAAACACCAACUUCUCCCACAAACUGGAGCAGGUGCCUGUUCCAGGAACUCUCAGUAACCAGGAUCUGCCUUUAUGAUAAAAAAACCCUAAACAAUAAUCAGAAUCACAGAGUGGUUGGGUUGGAAGGGAUCAUCCUUAAAGAUAAUCCCAUUCCAAACCCCUGCCAUGGGCAGGGACACCUUCCACUAGCCCAGCUUGCCCCAACGUGGCCUUGGACACUUCCAGGGAUCCAGAGGCAGCCACAGCUUCUCUGGGAAUUCUAUCCCAGCCCCUCACCACUCUCCCAGCCAACAAUUCCUUCCCAAUAUCCCAUCUAACCCUACUCUCUGUCAGUUUGAACCAUUCCCCCUUGUCCUGUCACUCCAGGCCCUUGCAAACAGAACAAAACCAGUCCCUGUUGUACUUUAUCCCUGGCUGUGCAGGACUUAUCACACCCAUUAAAACAUUCCACUCAUUCCAACCAGUACCUGCUGUAGUUUGGGAAUAUACUCUGGAGCCGUGCAAUAAUAUUUUCCAGUGCUUUUGGAAGCUUUUUGUUGUUUGGAAGUGCAGGAGGAGGCCUUGGUUGCAGAGCUGAGGCAUCCUGGUGGUUCUGGGUUGGCUGAGUGGCACUUCCAGAAAUCCCUGCUGGGUGAGGUGCCGGGAGUUUAUUGGAAUAUGAUCCCUCUGGAGGUUGGGGAUGUGUUUUCACGGAUCCACCACUUGCAGAAGAAGCCUCAGCAGUGGCAUGUGCUGCCUUAGCUCCAGCCUGGGUUUGAAGGGAUGGUUGUGUUGGACCUUGACCUUCAGGGCUGGAAAAUGCAGGAAGUGAACUGGGAUGUGCAGAUGCCAAGGAAUAGGUGACAAUGGCUGGAUCACUGACCAAAGGUCUGGCUGGGAUUGUCUAGGAAACAAAACACAUUUCACAGGAGAAACAGUGACUAAACCAAAUUUGAGUUGAACUCUGGAGCAUUUGCAGCUUGAAUUAUGACACAUUUUGUGGUGCCAAGGACCUGGAAGGUCUCAAUUUAUCUUAAGAACUCCUUAAGAUCAGUGCAGUUGUUUGACCUCAGGACUAUUUUCUUUCAGAUUUCUCUUCUAAAAAGGUUAUUCUGGUCUUACUGCAGAAAAAAAACAGAUUCCAAAGGCAGAACAAGAGGCUCAAAAGUUGCUCUUUCCCAACCUGGAAAUUGGUGGUGAUUAAGUUAUGUACAUACUCUGUGACAAUAAGUAGAAAGGAGAUACCUAAAAAUAAGUGAGGAAGGAAAAGUAUGUAGGAAAAAAGGAGUGGAACAAUUAUUUGUAUAAAUCCAGAGAAAGUGUAGUAAUAAUCUCAAAUUUACAGUAUCAGAACAGAGCCUUGAAUCUAAAUUAUACCCAGAACACACAAGAGAAAAAAAUCUAAAUUAUACCCAGAACAAACAAGAGAAAAAAAUCUAAAUUAUACCCAGAACAAACAAGAGAAACACCCAUGAUUUUCUGCAGAGAGAAAAUACAUAUAAAAUGUAAAAAGGACCAUCACAAGGUUAAGAAGAAACUGCCAUGAUUUGAGCAAAGCAUUUGUGGAACUGUUGGCCCAUGAGAAAAUGUCUGUGAGCAGGAUUUCCCUGGGCUGUGCUCAUUCCAGAGGCACUUCCAGAAGUGGUUGGACUCCAGACGUGGCUGGAAGUUGAUUUUGGUGUUUGUGAUCACUCACACGUGUUGGUGUAACAAUUUCCUCAGGAAGAAUUUCUCCCUGGAAAGGGUGGUGAGGCCUUGGCAGGGGCUGCCCAGGGAGGUUUGGAGUGCCCAGCCCUGGAGGUGUCCCAGGAAGGCCUGGAUGUGACACUCAGUGCUCUGGGCUGGGGGCCAAGGUGGGGAUGGGGCACAGGGGGGGAUCCAUGGGCUGGGAGGGCUUUUCCAGCCUCAGGAAUUCUGGGAUUCUCUGUAAUGGGGCUGAUCCUGAUGGAUUUUGGAGCUGUUUAACCUGGAGAAGAGAAGGCUCCAGGGAGACCUCAGAGCCCCUUCCAGUGCCUAAAGGGACUCCAAGAGAGCUGGAGAGGGACUGGGGACAAGGGAUGGAGGGACAGGACAAGGGGGAAUGGCCUUAAGCUGAAGGAGGGCAGGGUUAGAUGGGAUAUUGGGAAGGAAUUCUUGGCUGGGAGGGUGGGGAGGCCCUGGCACAGGUUGCCCAGAGAAGCUGUGGCUGUCCCUGGAUCCCUGGAAGUGUCCAAGGCCAGGUUGGAGCAACCUGUUCUAGUGGAAAGUGUCCCUGCCCAUGGCAGGGGGUGGAACAAGAUGAUCUUUAAGGUCCUUUCCAACCCAAAGCUUCUGUGAUUCCAUGAUUUUGGUUCUACAGGAAAACCAGGAUGUGCAAAACCAUCAGUGCAGCAUCUUCAGUUCAACUUUAAACAGCUUAAAAACCUCUCAAAGCAAACUGAAAGAACUUAAAACUGCCAUGAAAGGUGAGAUACUCACCAGGACACUGGGAGGAGAGGGAAUAUCCAUAAUUUCCACCUUAGAGAGGGAAAUCUGGGCACCACUUUUCACCAGCUCAAUUUUCUCCUCAUACUCAGCCUGCAGAGGGAAAACAAACCAUCAUCCUCCACCUCAGCUUUAAUUAAAAGAUCCCUCUUCACUUCACAUUUACACUUUACAUUUGAACUUUUCCAGAGACUUUU